AUGGCGUCGCGGCCUCUAUCCCGUGUGCUUUACAGGACGGUGUCUGGGCCCUUGUCGGCCCCAAGAAGGCAAGGCUAUCGGCUAUCUACAAGAUGGCUUUCGAGCGCAAGUAGGCCGCCGAUGGUCAUGCUGUCACAUCACCGGCCAACCUUGCGACGGCAUCACCAGCCUGUCACCCAAGGCCGUGUCGGCGUUCCUUCGGAUAGGCGAACUAUAUUCAUUGAGACUGAUACCACCCCUAAUGCUGAUGCUCUCAAGUUCAGACCGAACCACCCGGUCCUCCCUGAAGGAUUCCCGGUUUCCUUCCUCGAAUACCUAAAUCCCCGAUCUACCCUACAACCGCCAUAUCCGUCUCCUCUGGCAGCGAAGCUUCUCAACGUUGAUGGUGCCGUCUCGGUAUUUUUCGGCUCGGACUUUAUCACAGUAACUAAGGACAGUGAUGCGAACUGGGCUCAUAUUAAACCGGAGAUUUUCAGCCUGAUUACUGAAGCAAUUACAAGAGGUGAGGCACUGGUAAAUGUUGUUGAUGUUAGACCAGGUAAGGAGGGCGCCGAGGAAGUGGGAGAAGAAGCCGUACGGUAUAACGAAGAAGACGAAGAAAUUGUUGGGAUGAUCCAGGAAUUGCUCGAGACAAGAAUCAGACCGGCUAUUCAAGAAGAUGGUGGAGAUAUUGAAUUCCGUGGAUUUGAAAAUGGGAAUGUCCUACUAAAGCUUCGUGGAGCUUGCAGAACUUGUGAUUCAAGUACAGUGACAUUGAAGAACGGCAUCGAGUCCAUGCUCAUGCAUUACAUUGAAGAAGUGAAGUCCGUCACACAAGUACUCGAUCCGGAGGAAGAAAUUGCCGCACAAGAGUUUGCACAGUUUGAAGAGAAGUUGAAGCAACAAAAGGGCCCGGCGCCGCAAUAA